AUCCCAGUAGUCUGUAUUUGGUGACCAAUCAGAUCCUGUACCCAUUGGUUCACGGGUGCGAGAGCAAGGACCUCAAGGUCAUCAAGUUGUCUUUGGGCCUCAUGCAACGCCUGAUCAUUCAUCAGACCGUGGACUUCAAGGGCGCCCGCUACAUCACGGACACGCUGUGGAUGCUCAUGGAGGCCAACAUGGAGGAGCUCAAGAUCUUGCAGACCGUCACGUUGUUGCUCACCUCCUCGUCGGUGGUCCAACACGAGACGUUGGCCAAGUGCUUGGUCAUUUGCUUCCGGCUCAACUUCACCAAGGACGGCCAUUUGAACACCAUUGCGGGCGCCACGGUUCGGCAAUUGGUGCCCGUGGUUUUUGAGCGCGUGACCGCGCCGGAUCAGACCCAUCGGCCCGUGCAGGAAGAGCCCAGUCCUCAAUUUCUCCAAUUGACAGCCCCGCUCUUGCCCAAGCACGCCGAUGCUUUUGUCAUGGACGCCUACUUGCUCUUUCACGAUAUCGUGUUAUUGGUGGGCGCCGAGCAACCCAUCUGGAUGACCGGCAUCAUGGAAAUGACGCGCUCGUUCGGGCUCGAAUUGCUGGAAUCCAUCCUGACCAAGUUCCCGCUCGUGUUCACGCAACAUCGCGAGUUCACGUUGCUUUUGAAGGAGAAAGUGUGCUCGUUGGUUAUUAAAUUGUUCUCGCCCAACAUCAAAUAUCGCGGUGGAUCCGGUCAUCCAGGGGGGAUGGCUGCCCAAGAUAAGCCGUUUUAUCCGAUUACGUCCAAAUUGAUGCGAGUCGUGUCCAUCCUGAUCUUGGAGUACCACGAUAUCCUCACCACCGAAACCGAGAUCUUCUUGUCAUUGGUUAUGAAGUUCUUGGACCCGGAUAAGGCCUUGUGGCAAAACUGCAUCGCCUUGGAAGUCAUCCACAAAAUCAUGGUCAAACCCGAAUUGCUGAACUUCUUGUGCGCCACGUUUGACAUGAACGAGCACUCUACCAAAGUCUACCAAGAUAUGAUCAACGGGUUGGGUGCCUUCGUGCAAAAUGUCAUGAGCACGCCCAAGAGUUUCGAGAUCGAUCAUGCUUCUCAGGCUGGAGGCGGAGGCAAUGCUUCCAGCGGGUCCUCGGGCAAUGCCAAUGGAUUGGGCGGUGCCAACGUGUACGGCUCCGGCGGGGGCGUCUCGCCUCAGCCCGGGUUCCUCUAUCGAAAUACUUGGAAGCCCUUGACUCUGAGUUUUGUGGGUGGCCAAACCAAGGAGUUGUAUUUAGACGUGAGUGAUAAACUGGAGGUUCCCACUGUCUCGGAUGGUUACGGGAUAUCCUUGGCUUACGCGUGUCUGCUGGACGCGGUCCGAUCCAUGUCCUUGAUCAUUCCGGUUGAGAUGCAAGGCGAUCAUCUCCGUCCCGACGACCCGGAUCGGGCUUGUUGGAAUCAGCUCAUUGAAUCGAGUUGGUGCGGUGUCCUCGCCGCCCUGAGUCUUCUUUUGGAUGCCAGUACCGACGAUUCGGGCACGGAGAACAUUCUGAAAGCCAUGGAGGUGUACUCGAGUAUUUGCGGUCGCUUGAAUGUGAACAAACCUCGUGAUGCAUACUUGGCUUCGGUCUGUAAGGCCUCUCUACCCCCUCAUUACACAUUGAACGUUUUGAAAUCCACACCGUGUACUCAGAACGUGUCUGGACCAUCGAAAAGUCAGGGGGAAUCCCAUGGCUUGGAUGGCAGCAACACACCCGGUGAAGGCGACAUUCGCCAUCAAGUCGUAGCCAUAGGCACGCCAUUGCCGACCUCUUCUUUACCGGCGUCGGCUCAUCAAGGACCCGUGAUGUUGACAGCCAAAAAUCUGCAAUGUAUGAGAUCCAUCUUGUCAGUGGCUCAUUGUCAUGGCAAUCUUUUGGGGCAAUCUUGGCACAUCAUUCUCACCACUCUUCAACAUUUGGUGUGGAUCUUGGGAUUGAAACCGGUGACUGGUGGAGGAUUGGCCUCCUCGGUUCAUACCUCUUCGGGAGAGAACAACUCGGUCAUCACAACAGCGGUUCUUGCUGACUUGCCCGUGCUCUCCAACAUGGUGUCAAGACUAUUCGAAUCAUCCGACGCUCUGUCUGAAACGUCCAUUAGUCACCUAAUUGAGGCUCUUUGCCAUCUCUCCGAGGAAAGCAUGGAGCUGGCCACCACCAAUCGCGAGCCGUCCCUCUUCGCAGUGGCCAAAUUACUGGAAACGGCUUUGGUCAAUCUAAACCGGUUGGACGUGGUCUGGCGGCCCAUAACCAGUCAUUUGUUGGUAGUCUGCCAACACCCUCAUUUACGCAUGCGUCAAUGGGGUUGCGAGGCGCUAACUUUUCUGACCAAACAGUCUCUUCAGCAUAAAUUCAGCACGUCCAUGAAAGACAAUCCUCGUCUGCAAGUCCAAUUGUUGUCGCCCUUGGCCGAAUUGUGCAGUAUUCCGUUUCCUGACGUUCGACAAAAGCAACUGGAUACUGUUUUGCAUAUCUUGCAUAGCUCGGGUGAAGUCGUGAGUCACGGUUGGCCUUUGAUCUUGUCCAUUGUGGGCAGUAUCGAACGGCAACACUCCGACAUCCUGAUUCGAAGUGCAUUUCAAUGUCUUCAACUGAUCUUUGCCGACUUCCUUCCCACGAUUCCAUACCGAUGCUAUCCUCAGUGCGUGGAUUGUGCCACAACUUUUGGCUCCCAAAUCACCGAAUUGAACGUCUCUCUGACCGCAGUGGGACUGUUGUGGAAUUUGAGCGACUAUUUCUACCAAAAUGUCAAGAUGCUUCGGAGCUUAAGUGUUGAAGGUGAAAACAAGAUCUUCCCGGAUUUCCCUGGUUGUAAGAACAUUCCGUCCUUGGACAAAUUGUGGAUGUGCCUGUUCUAUAAACUGAAGGACCUGUGCUUGGACUCUCGUCCAGCCGUUCGGAAAAGCUCAGGCCAGACCCUGUUCUCGACGAUUGCCGCCCAUGGAUCCGUCCUGGACGGGAACACGUGGCAGGCUGUGCUCUGGCAAGUCCUGUUCCCCUUGCUCGACAAUGUGAUUAUCCAGAGUGACAAUGCUAGUUCGGAAAAGGUCUCUCAAAGCCAUGUGAUCAUGAUCCACCACUCCCGAAAUACGGCCCAAAAACAAUGGGCUGAGACCAAAGUCCUCACCAUUUCCGGCGUAGUGCGGGUCUUCAAUACCAAGAGGAAGCUUUUGCGCACAAUGGACGACUACUCGAAGGCAUGGCUCCUGCUUCUGGAAUAUGUGGAGAAAAUGGCCUUGAGCGAUACCAUGGAGGUGUCCCUGGCCGCGUUGAAAGCCAUGCAGGAGAUGGUCGUGUCUUCGGGCGAAGAGCAAGCCCAGAACGCCACGAGUGAGAGUAUGGGUUUGCGCGAGGUCAAUUGGAACAUUUGCUGGAAGACCUGGCUCAAGAUCGGACCUCAGAAGACUAAAUUCAUCACCCACAGUCCGUCCAAUUUGUCCCAAGGCCAAGUGCUCAUCAUCGGGUACAUUCAAAUCUUUCAAAGCCUGUUCCCCUUCGUCCAAUCCCAAUUCCGAGUGAGCGAUGUCGAAGCCUUGGGCUCGGUGUUGCUUGGGUGCAUGCAAGUACCCAUCGAGGCAGACAUGGAGAGCCCCGACAACCUCUCGCCCGUUCAUGCCACGUCCAUGGAGAAUCUGGCCAAGGUGGAGAAACUAGACUUGAGCACAAGUCGCGAGCUCAUCUUCGAGAUGUUCGAUGUCUACUUCAAAGUGUGCCACUUGGCCUUCCACACACAUCCGGAGGAGGAUCGAUUCCGAGAACGUUUGCUUCUUUUGGGCGAAAGCACGAUCGAGCGCAUCGGCGACUUCUUCAUGGCAGCCGCCAAGAUCGAAGAUGGGAGCUUCCCCUUGGAUGAGGUCAUGUUCAAGAUCGCCCAAACCUUGCGGACCCCCUUGAAGCUCAAGUACCAAUGCGUUAAGCAGAGCAAUUGGCGGGUAGCCAUCAAUGUCUUGAUCAAAGUUCUACGCGAGGGCCUGCCAUUGGCCAGAAAGCGACCUCAAGGACGCGACUUCAAGACCUUUUGGGCGGAGCUGGCCUUAGUUUUGGAGUUCUUCCUCUUUCCGGACUCGAUCCAAGAACAAGAUCAAGAGGACAAAAUGGCCGACGAGGCCCUGGACUGCCAUCUUAUCGAGAUUCUGCGCGAAGAGGUCCUACCCUACCCUGGGUCCAUCCCAACAGAUUUCAUUCGCAAGAUAGUGAUCCUGUUGAACAAAGGCUCCAUUCACUCGACAAUUCAUUUGAGCGAGGAUUGCAGUGGAAGCGUGGGAUUGCGCGAGGAUUUCGCCAAGCAGUGCUUUGAGACGCUUUUGGAAUUUUCGCUUCUGAGAAGUGAGGAUACCCAGCAUGCCGAGGAGGAGGUCUUGAGCAAACCUCUUGAGCACGAGGAUCCAUGCGGGUCGUCGUCCAUCACGAAUCGCUUAGCUAUCACGUCCCUACUGCUUCGUUUCAAGGAAGUCCUGGUGGACGCAAUCGAUGGGGAGAAAUUGAAUCGGAACAUUCCGCUUCAGCGACAGAAAACGGCCGAGAUCGCCUUCGUUCUUCGAGCCAUCGCCACCGUGAUUUCGUCGAUGAAGAAAUCCCCUCAGGCCAAGGUAGACAAGAAGACAUGGCAACAAGUGAUAGCCUUAUACCCUUUCCUUGUCCAAUGCACGGAGACGAACUCCCCGCAAAUCAUCAGCUCGGUGAAGGAUGCGCUACUCCAGUAUCAGGACCUACUCCAGCCUAUGCAAUAAGAAAUGAAAAUAUAUUUCCUCCCAUCCUUCCCCAUGAGAGAGAUAUUAUGAGCUUUGUAUUCACCAGUUUUGCCAUUUACGAGACGAGUUGACGUGACGUGAAAAUGUUUUAUUCAUACGAAUUCAAAUAAUAAACUUUAUCCAUCUAUAUUUCAA